AAAACAUACCAAAACAUAAAAGUGAUUCAUCUGUAAUUAGGUUUUUGUGGUUCGAGAAAAUUUCAGAAUUGCGUGUUCUAAUAAUAGUAAUUAUAUUAAAACCUAAAAUAUAGAAGUCGUUAAAUAUAUUACCCGAUAAUGUCUGUAAAUACGGCACACGCCAAUAAUGGAGUGUUGAUUCAUGCCGGAGAGUACAUAUUACUGCAUAGUGAUGGCGUUACUAUGGAUUUCUCCGGUCAGGAUAAUCCUGUCUUUAAAGGCUCAAAGCAAGGACGUAUUUAUCUGACGUCACACCGGCUGAUAUUUAACAACAAAAAACCGGCGGAUCAGCUGCAAUCUUUUAGCGCACCUUUUAUAGCACUUUCAGAUGUUGAGUUGGAGCAGCCAGUCUUUGGCGCCAAUUACAUUAAGGCCAAGGUUCGUGCGCAACCAAACGGAAAUUUUAUUGGCGAGGUAAAGUUCAAGUUGCAUUUUAAGUCCGGUGGAGCGAUUGAGUACGGUCAGGCUUUGCUACGCGCUGCUAGUACUGCUCAAAGCAAUUACCAUCGUGGUGGCGCUCCAAACGAUGAUCCACCACCAUAUACGCCAGCAGGCGCUUGGCAUGAGGCUCCACCACCGGCCUAUCAGCCACCACCAGGCUACUACGGUUGGCUGCCUACACAUGAGGCGUUCAGUGGCCCAGCCAACGGCACGGUGUUUGUAAGCGAUAAUCCACCACCAUAUCCAGGCAUUGGCGGACCACCAGCUUAUACACCACAACCAUAUGCGCAACCCGGCUAUAACCCACAACAGCCAUAUGCAGGCUAUAAUCCACAACAGCCGCAAGGAGCUUGCAACCCACAGCCUCAAUACGGAAACAACGAUGCACCAGCCUGGAACGGCUUUUCAGCACCACCAUCUGAACAGCCACAACAACAACCACCACCUGGAAAUCAGCCACCACCCUACGCGGCUGGUGGAUACGGCCAACCAGGCGGUUAUCCACCGGGCGCCCCCGGUGCCUACAAUCCAUCAUAUAACCCCGGUUACAAUCCGGCUUACAAUCCCGGCCAUCAACCCGGUGGCUAUCCUCAGCCGGGAGGUUACCCACCACCAGGCGGUGCACCAGGUGGAGCUGCGGCCGGUGCAAUGGGCUUUGGCAUGCCACCAGCAAAUUCUAAAGAAGCCGAGGCAAUGGCCAGCGCCCAAAAUACAACUUACAACCAAUAUUCCAAUAAUGCUGCGCCGAGCGACUUGCCACCAGCCUAUGAUGCUCUGCCACCCAACUAUAACAGCGCUAAUAAGAAGAAUCAGUAACUGUUGCAAUAACAGCAGCAGUAAAUCUCUAAAUACAUUUGUUCACAAUUUUUUAGAUAACGUUUAACCUGUAGAGCAACUCCACAAACUACGUCACAACUUAUAAAACAUAGACGAAAAUAUGAUUUAAGUAGUAAAAAUUGUUGCAAUAUACGGUUAACUAGCUGGCAGUGUUGCUUCGGUUCAUAGUGUGCGAGUUUGACACGUUUCUUAUUCAUUCCGCUGAACUUGCGCGUAAAAUAUUUACAUAUAAUAUAUAUAUACCAUUUAUAUACUUAUAUAAUAUAUGCAUUCUUUAUAUGUUUCACAUGUAAACCUUAUAUAAACCUAUUACUACUCUAUAUCUGCAUGUUUACACACACAGCAUACACACAUACGAGAAUGUGAAUCAAAUUAGCUUCAAUAACCAAUUAGUACACUUACCAAAUAUUAUCAGAGCAUAUUUUACUAUUUUGUUAAAAAUAAAAAUCGCUUAAUAAUUAA